ACGUCAUUAUGCAGAAGUCCAUUGGUAAACAAAGUGGCCGGAAGUUGGUGAAGUGUCAAAGUGUAUAAAUUGUUUGUAGAAGAGUUUGAAAGAUUUCUGUUGUGUUUUUGUACAAAAUAAAAUGGGAAAGACUGAAUGGGCAAUGUGGGCAAACGAACAAGCUGUUGCAAGCAGCAUUGGUAAGAAAUUGAACUGACUGACGUACAAUAGUGACGGUUGAUUUAUAAUAUAGGGCUGUAUAAAAUGUUCAAAGAUUUUCGAAGGUCGAUUCAUUUCGUGCAUAUAUCGUGUUUUGUAUUUUUUGUAGUUGUGUUUAUUGGCGGAGUUCUGAGUUGGAUUGGCAAAUUUAAGAGAUGGCAGAUAGCAAUCUAUGCUGUGUAUCCUAUUAAUUCAAAGUCUAUAUUAACCAACAAAUUAAUAAUUGACCUCGAUAAUUACUAUUAAAGAAUAUGCUUUAUACAUUAUACUUGAUUAUCCUGGUAUAGAAUAAUUAACAAAUUAAUUAAUAAUUAACCACUAAUUAAAGCUUCUAAUGAACUGCAAUAUGUUGCUAACAUACUAAAAUUAUGGGCAAACGAUCACCGGUAUUCUUUGUCUCGUCAUUACAUUCUUUGACAUUCAUAAGAGUUGCUGGCAUUCUGAUAUUUCUCAUUGAAUAUCCGAGAGGAAAAAGACAAAAGGGAAGAACAAAAGAACGAAUGUAAGAUAGAGAAACAUAGAUGCAUGUAUAUGUUGGAGUCACCAGCUCGUCAUAUUUGUGCAAAUAGGGGUGUACCAGAACUGAUUAAAAAAAAACAAACACAGCAGCAACCAGAAUUCUAUUUUUAUUCACUCUCUUUCCACAGAGGCUGGUGAUUCUCAUUAGGAAAAAAUAAUAUAAAGUUCAUGUACUGAUUAAACAUUAACCCAUUGAGUGCCAGCACUCUCACUUUGACAAGUAAAAUUGUCUGGUGUUAAACAGAGUAAAAUAAUCUGGCAUUAGGCAGAGUAAAAUAAUAAAAUAAUGCAACUCAAUUGGUUAAUUUAAAUGAAAGAUCAUUAAUUUCAUCCCACUAUUAACCUUUUUAAAUUGCAUUUUUUUAUCCAGUGCUCAGAGACUCUUAACUCCAGUAGUUCAAAGUCUUGGACCAUUUGGGAGGAACUAUUAUGUCAGAUUUGUUUUUUAUCUUGGGUAAGGUUUUAUUGUGAUAAAAUAUUGGUGGUCUGAAUUGGGAGCUUAAACAAGGAGUGUUAUAAAGUCCAAAAAUAUAUUUAUCUGUUUUUUAGUAAAUAGGUCAAGUACAAAAAUAUAUUUAUAUGUUUUUGGUGGACAAAACAUUUUCAGUGAACUUGCACAGCUAAGCCACAAGAAUGUAAUGUCCCCGGGCAAAACUGAAUUUCCUAAUUUCAUUAAUUAAAUCGAAUUGUUUCAGAAAAAAGAUCCACACUCCCCCCACAGAGGAAAUUUCUGCUGUCUGAAGGGUUAACUUCCAAUUUCCUCUGUGGGGGAGGUAUGGAUGUUUUUUGGAAUGACCUGUAAAUAUGGUACUAAUAGGACAUUUAAUAUUUUCAGUCUUUCAAUUCCCUGUGGAUUUCUUCUGUCAACUCUCCUUGGUGGAGCAUGUCUGUGCAUAUCGAGUAUCAUAUAUCUGGGUGCAGCACUGGCUGGCGAGGAAUGGAAGCCAUGUAUAGUCAGUUAUGAAGCUGGUCAAGAGAAUGUAUCCACCUUACCCGACGCACCUAACCAACCACCACCAAGGUUACAUCAAGUCACUCGUAGUACAGAAAACUUGUAUGAAAAUGCUUAGACUGCAUAACUGACUUAAGUUUUCCAUAAUAGUAAAUACAUUAUGAUUUGUAAAGUUUGAUACAGUUUGACAUUCUGUCUUGGACUGGAGAUCUGUAUAGUUUCCAAAGUUUAUGAAUUUCCAAUUCCAAAGUUUGUCAAGAAAGCUUAUAGACCGAUUCAUUUUAUCGAAGCCACCCACCAUUCCACAGUUUUCAUUGGCAAGACACCCUGGCACAGUACUGUAUCGCAUGAUUUCAAAAGUAUAAAACUAUCUGCAUGAAAAAAGUUUAAAAACCGCUAGACGUUUCGAGCAAAGGAUUUAGUAGCAGUGGAUGCAAAGUUCCAAACUGUCGGAAGUGUUUUUAAUUUCUCAGGUAGUUCAGGCACGACAGUUAAUUGACAACAUUACCUUACCUGUGCCGGACUGAGGAAGUCAUGAAAAAUUUUUGUGCCAAAACUAGGGGCACAAAGCAUUUGGUAAAGAAACAAUAAUUAAGGCCAUGCUGCACGAGACAGUUUUUUCUGCAAGUUUUAACGCAAUUUCGGAUAUCAGAACCAUGUUAUCUAAACAGUAAAAUGUGAGCAUGAUGGUCGGCAUUCUACUCUGCCGACCACUUUCUUUACAUAACAUACUCAUUUAACUACAAUUUAGAUAACAUGGCUCUAGGUCAGAAAUUGCAUGAUUGCAAGUUGAGGUAAAAAUGGCCUGGUGUAUCGUGUAGCAUUGCCAUUUUUAUAAACAUCCUAAACUAUUACUAAUUUGUUGUAUUGAAUUAAUAAUUAGAACAUAUGUAGUAGAUUUAUUUUGUAUAAAAAUAUAUUUUGUAAUACCGUACACAGCUACUGUGCGUUCGUUUAUUCAUGUUAUUUAUAUGUUUACAAAAUUAAACCUGUUUUACGUUUAAUAUGAACCUAAACUGAAGUAUUAAUUAUUCGAAUAUAAACUUUCUUAGGUUGGUAGUGUUGUGUUCACUUUGAUCCAUUCUUCAAUUACAUUAUACUAUAUAAUACGAAACGCGGAACUAUUUUGUGCAUGCUUUGGAAAAGGUUUAGAUUUCAAAAACAUUUUCCAAGUCAGCAAAUUCAAGCUUUACUACUUUAUUGGCAUAGCAUUUGUGCAAUGUUUAUAUACUGUAUAUAUAUUUCGAUUAUAUUUGCAUUUUCCCAACAUACAGGAUUCAAAAUUCGUUCUCAUCACCAAAAGUUCCUUCAAAGUUGUUCACUUUUUGAGACCAAGAUGGCAAUAUAUGUGCCGGAUAAUUUAGCUAUACCAUUACAUUCGUUCGACUAUUAAUAUUAUGCCACCGCUAGACCCAGCCCCAAAGAAAUUUACAGAAUUGGACCUGCCUUCUUACAGCAUAAUGACGUCUGAUUCGACAGACUGUGAUCUCUGUUUUACUUUCUGUACCAGAUUAUGAUGCCACGCUCUCCAAUCUUUGAGUGAGUCAUUAAUGGUGUUCAGCCAUGUUUCUUUAUCAGCUUUUGUGUCAGCAGAUAGCAUGUAC